GCCGUUAUCUCGAGAUGGACGCACCUGUCAUGUGAUCUUGUAAGAUUAACUGUGAGGGAGUGUGCCAACUAAAUGCAAGGAGGUGUCAUGGCUUUGGCGGUUGUGUUUCUGUGUAUUCUGCUGUCUGGGUCUCUUUCUGGGCUCAUUCUGCCCAUGUCAAAGCCUGACGGUACUGCUGACAUGUCCAGCCUUUUGAGUCACGUCUCCCUAUUGGAGCAGAAUAUGGCUAUUCUCCAGGCAACCACUGCACAGCUUCAAACAGAUCUUCAGGUGACAAGUACAGAACUUGAGAACACGCAGACAGAACUACAGAGUACAAUGACAGAUUUACAGACCAGCAAGACACAACAGGAGGUAGCAGCAGCUGAAAUUCAAUCACUGAAAAAUGACGUGGAAACCCUGGAGGCUAAAGUAAAAUCAUCUUCUGAAGAGCUUGUCGCAAUAAAAACAGAACUGAAAUACAUGCCACACGGUAACACUCAUGGUGAUGUUCCGCUGAACCUGACGCUGCUUGAUGUCAUCAGUCAUGAUGUGAAGCUGAACACGGCACAGAUAAAUACACUACAGGCAGAUGUCCUCAUAGUGAAGAACAACCUCAGUCUGACCUCGUCGGAAGUUUCAAGUCUGCAAAGUAACAUGUCUGAUGUUGAGAACCAAACCCUGGACAACAAAUGGUCUCUGCGGCAGCUUUCUCAAAUGACCGCAACAAAGACUCAAGGUGUCGCCUUCCAAGCACAUGACCCACCUAGCCAUGCACCUGCUAAAACCCCAUUGCAAUUCACUUUGAUCAACCACAACGCUGGCUCUGGCUUUAACAUUCACACAGGGAAGUUCACUGCACCAGUCAAUGGAACCUACAUGUUCUGGACACAGCUUGAAAUGGGUGGUGGAUCCAACACUGCUUUGUACGUCUAUAUAAAGAAGACAGGAGGAGUGAACAUGGCAGCUGGUUACAUGGAAACAGGGUCAGGUAUUGGUGAUGUGGAUACUUCUGCUCAAACUAUCGACCAUCUGGAGGCGGGGGAACAGGUGUGGGUGGAGAUUACUAACAAUUAUGAUAUCUACCACAGUGCAUCGUAUUUCGGUGGCGCCCUGCUAUCAGUGGUGUGAUCAGCACGAGGCAGCUUAGUGAUUGGCAUUCAUUUUGAAUGGCGAUAAGAACAACAAAUAAAUACAUAUUAACAAAA